ACAACUCGGCGGUUUCAUUCCCGAUCUCAUAACAGAAAACUUUCAAUCGGUCACUUUGGAGAGUGACAACCAGCAAAGCAAAAAAAGCUUUUUAAAUCAUAAACAGUAUUAUGAAGAAUCUCACUGAAUUCUUAGUAAUAAUUAUUUUAUUAUUUGGGACAAGUGAUGGUGAUGAUGGAAUGUGUAUGGCCAAGGAACCCUCCUGUUCUGACGCUCCUAAAGAAGAAUCCACGGUAAACUUGUACAAAGAUGCCGAUAACAAAUACAUACGAUUGAUCGAGGAAGCUAUUGCUUCCUACGAACCGUGCUACUACAAUAAUACCUGCUAUCUGGAUACGCUUAAAAAAGAUCUGAAACCAUUUGCUUCCGGGAUCAGCAAGCAGAUGAUAGACCGAGCAGCAAGCUACGGAACGAAGUACCAAAUCAUCGACCAUCGCCUGUAUCGACAGAAAGAUUGCAUGUUCCCGGCCCGUUGUUCUGGUGUGGAACACUUCAUAAAACCUCUCCUGACCAAGCUGCCGGACAUGGAGCUGGUAAUAAACUGUCGUGAUUGGCCACAGAUAAGUCGUUACUGGAAUCAAAAGGACCCCCUUCCAGUUUUAUCAUUUAGCAAAACUGAUGAAUAUCUAGACAUCAUGUACCCAACCUGGGGGUUCUGGGAAGGUGGACCAGCCAUUUCUCUAUAUCCAACAGGUCUGGGCCGCUGGGACGAACACCGAAGUUCAGUUCAGAAAGCUGCCAAAAAAUGGCCAUGGGAAAGCAAGAAAAAUCAAGCUUUCUUCCGUGGCUCCAGGACAUCAGAAGAACGAGAUCCAUUAGUUCUGUUGUCUCGCAGCAACCCAGAACUGGUAGAUGCCCAAUACACCAAGAAUCAAGCUUGGAAGUCUCCGCAGGACACGCUGAAUGCCGAACCAGCUCAGGAAAUUCGUCUGGAAGGUCAUUGUCAGUACAAGUAUUUAUUCAAUUUCAGAGGAGUUGCAGCCAGUUUCCGCUUCAAGCAUUUGUUCCUAUGCAAAUCGUUAGUUUUUCACGUGGGUGACGAAUGGCAGGAAUUUUUCUACCAAUCUUUAAAGCCAUGGGUUCAUUACGUUCCGGUGCCUGUCGGAGCAAGCCAGCAAGAUUUGAGUGAAUUGAUAAAGUUUUUUAUUGAACAUGAACAGCUGGCAAGGGAAAUGGCGAUUCGUGGAUUCCGCCACAUUUGGUAUGGAUUAAAAAUGGAAGAUGUGGAAAGCUACUGGCGUAAGCUGCUAAAGCGCUACGGCAAGCUGAUAAACUACAAGGUCAAACGAGAUCCGCAGUUGAUGGAGGUGUAACUAAGAUGAGAUUAAAGAGAAAACAUUCCAUUUGAAAAAAAUACGCUUUAAGUAAAAAAAACGAUCAUUCAUUUGAAUAAAGUUCAUCUAUGUAUUUUUCA